UGCUGUAACGCUGACGUUGUCCAACGGAGGAAAAUGGCGAAUGGUUGCUUGUCAGUGAGGGACUCGGCGACUGUUUCAACAUUAUCCUGCAAAAGACGAAGAGCUACAAUGGUCCCUACACUGUCUGGCUCCUUCUCAAAGAGCACUCUUUUUAUUUUAUCUACGGCUUUGAUGCUGCAGACGGUUUUAGGGGACGGAAAGACUCUCGUUUUGCUUGACAAUCUCAACAUCAGAGACACUCAUUCAAUCUUCUUCCGCAGUUUAGCAGAUCGUGGGUUCGACCUUACAUUCAAGUCUGCCGAUGAUCCUAGUCUCUCUCUGAUCAAGUAUGGCCAGUUCCUCUAUGACCAUCUCAUCCUCUUUUCUCCAUCUGUGGAAGAUUUUGGGGGCAACAUCAACGUUGAGACCAUCACAGCGUUCAUUGAUGGUGGAGGAAGUGUUCUUGUUGCUGCCAGUUCUGAUAUUGGUGACCCACUGAGAGAACUAGCCAGUGAAUGUGGUAUUGAAUUUGAUGAGGAGAAAACUGCUGUCAUUGACCAUCAUAACUUUGAUGUUUCUGACCCUGGAGAGCACACAUUGAUUGUUGCCGAUCCAGGGAAUCUUCUUAAAGCCCCAACUAUAGUGGGCAAGCCCACCGAUCAACCAAUCCUGUUUAAGGGUGUUGGUAUGGUGGCUGACCCUGAUAAUUCUCUGGUGCUGGACAUCCUGACAGGUUCCUCCACCUCUUAUUCGUACUUUCCUGAUCGUCCUGUAACACAGUAUCCUCAUGCAGUUGGUAAGAACACCCUCCUGAUCGCUGGUCUCCAGGCUAGAAACAAUGCACGUGUGGUUUUCAGCGGGUCUCUGCAUUUCUUUAGUGAUGCUUUUUUCAACUCUCCUGUACAGAAAGCUGCACCUGGGUCAAAGAGAUUUGAACAGACUGGUAACCAGAAGCUGGCCGAAGCCCUGUCCCGUUGGGUGUUUAAAGAGGCGGGUGUACUUAGGGUUGGGGCUGUUACCCAUCAUCCAGUUGGAGAGAGCACACCCCCUGCUGCAUAUACUGUUACUGACCUUGUGGAAUACAGCAUUGUGAUUGAGAUGCUGUCUGGUGGCAAGUGGGUGCCAUUUGACGGCGAUGAUAUUCAGCUGGAAUUUGUCAGAAUUGAUCCGUUUGUUAGAACAUACCUUAAGAAGAAUGGUGGAAAAUACAGUGUACAGUUCAAGCUGCCAGAUGUUUAUGGAGUAUUUCAGUUUAAAGUUGAUUACAACAGACUGGGCUACACACACCUGUACUCCUCAACUCAGGUAUCGGUCCGGCCACUGCAGCAUACCCAGUACGAGCGCUUUAUUCCCUCAGCUUUUCCAUAUUAUGCGAGUGCCUUCUCUAUGAUGGGAGGACUUUUUGUCUUUAGUAUCGUCUUUUUGCAUAUGAGAGAAAAGGAGAAGUCUGAAUAAAAUAAAGUUGAGAAGUGAAAAGAAAUGAGAGAGAUUAGAGUCUUCAGACCUCUAGCACAUGUAAAGAUAAAAAGAUGUGGGCUCAUUUUCUUGAGUUGGUUGGUGUGCCACUACAGUUUAAGACAGCAUUUGUAAAUCAUUGGGUUUUGUUUGUAUGUUUGUUUUCCCUGGCUUUUUCUUAAGGGUAAUCAAUCAGGAAAUAAAUGUUUUUUGUUUUAUAUGGACCGGUUAGGCGUUUGGUUAUUUAAAUUGAUUUAUAGGGGCACAUCAUCUUAUUUGUACAAAAAGAAAAGUAAAUUGGGUUUUUAAGUGGAAGUUAUAAUACAACAUGCACUGAUGUAUUGCUCUUGCUAAAAAAAAUGGUUUGAAGUGUACCAUAUGUAGAUGAAUGAGGAUUGGAUGUUAAGUGUGGUUAAAACAUCUGAAGUCAGUAAAGUUUUGACAUUCCACCACUAAA